UCUCCUCUUUCACUGUUUCCUGCUUCUUCUAUGUUAUCACAUUAACACACUCCCUCACACACACACAUCUUUUCAGAACCUCUUUCAACAUGGGGAACUUUGCAGCUAAUGAGGGACUCUCCAUCUUUGUCAUUUUGGUGUGGCUGGGGAUCAAUGCGUUCCUGUUUGUUCAUUUCUACAUGGCCUUCCUGGUGGAGAGAUGGUUUUACACCAGAGUCCUGCUGGGGCAUGCUCUCUCCUGGGCCAGAGCUCCUGCUGCCUGCCUUAACUUCAACUGUAUGCUCAUUCUGCUGCCAGUCUGCAGAAACCUCCUCUCCUUACUGCGAGGCUCCAUCCAGUGCUGCAGCCGGACGGCAGCUCGUCAACUUGAUCGGAACAUCACUUUUCACAAACUGGUGGCUUACAUGAUCGCCUUCCAUACAGCUGUGCACAUCGUUGCACACUUGUUUAACUUUGAGUAUUUCAUGGAUGCCCAGCUGAAUCGCAACAGCAGCUUUUUGCCCUUCAUUCUAUCUGAAAUCGGCAAUGGGGACAAUGCCUCCUACCUGAACCCCAUCAGGACCAAUGAGACGAACCCUACCAUCGUCAUGUUCACUACCAUUGCUGGGCUAACGGGCGUUGCCAUCACGCUGGCUCUCAUCCUCAUCAUCACUUCAUCCAUGGAGAUCAUCCGCAGGUCGUACUUCGAGGUGUUCUGGUACACCCACCACCUCUUUGUCAUCUUCUUCAUCGGCCUUGUUUUCCACGGCUACGGGCGCAUUGUGCGAGGACAGACACCUGCCAGCCUGCAGACGAAUGACCCCGAGGUGUGUUCCAACCAGUUUGAAAACUGGGGAAAUAACGGCUCCAACUGUGCAGUCCCAGUGUUCGCUGGAAACCCACCGAUGACGUGGAAGUGGGUGGUGGGGCCCAUGAUCCUGUAUGUGUGUGAGCGGCUCGUUCGCAUCUAUCGAUCCCACCAGAAAGUUGUCAUCACCAAGGUGGUGAUGCACCCCUCCAAGACUCUGGAGCUGCAGAUGAAGAGGAAGGGCUUCCACAUGGAGGUGGGUCAGUACGUCUUCAUCCAGUGUCCGUCCGUCUCCAGGCUGGAGUGGCACCCGUUCACGCUGACCUCGGCCCCUGAGGAGGACUACUUCACUGCCCACAUCCGCAUCGUCGGGGACUGGACUGAGGCGCUAUACAAGGCCUGCGGGGGAGACUCAAACGAGCCUCAGGAGGCCUGGAAGCUGCCCAAGCUGGCCAUCGACGGCCCGUUCGGCACAGCCAGUGAGGACGUGUUUCGGUACGAGGUGGUGAUGCUGGUCGGCGCAGGUAUCGGUGUGACGCCCUUCGCUUCCAUCCUCAAGUCUGUGUGGUACAAACGCAUCCAAAACAACCAGGAGGUCUUCACCAAGAAGAUCUAUUUCUACUGGCUGUGUCCUGAGACGCAGGCGUUUGAGUGGUUUGCAGACCUGCUGCAGUCUCUAGAAGGUCAGAUGACAGAGAAGGACAUGGCCGACUUCCUCAGCUACAACAUCUACCUCACCCGCUGGAAGGAGACCGAGGCGGCUCACUUUCGCGUUCACCAUGAGGCAGAGAACGACCCGAUCACAGGACUCAAACAAAAGACUCUUUACGGGAAACCCAACUGGGACAACGAGUUCACCAGUAUAGCAUCAAAGCAUCCAGGAGUGAAAGUGGGUGUGUUCCUGUGUGGGCCACCUCAGCUGGGGAAGUCUCUGGAGACACAGUGUCUGUCCCACUCGGAGGCCGAUGUCAAGUUCAUCUUCAACAAAGAGAACUUUUAAGAUCUGCAAAACGACAACCUGUAACAACGAGAGACUCUUCACUUUCACAUCCUGCACAUCCGUCACCAUGUGUGUUUAACUUUCACAUAUUGUUAACGUUGCAUUACAACUGUAACGCUGGAACUUCAUCACAGACCUGUUUCUCUUUGUUUUUCGCUGCAAAUGUUCCGCAAAAAAAGCUGUUCUUGCACAAAGAGGGAGGAAAUGAGCCGGUGGUGUUUUCCAUUUUCUCCUCUUCUCCUUUUCUGUUUCCCCAAACGAUCGUGAAGCUCUCUGCUCCUUUCAAACCUCGUCUCUUUGUUUUAUUUCAAUGCUGGGCCGGGUGACGCUUUAAAAAGAAGAAGCAGCUUUGAUACCAGAUGGUUUAAAUUCCUGAAUCAAAGGAGAAAUGUCACACCGACCUGCCCUUGAGUGAAGCAUUAUUAGAGCUUUGCCUGUUACAGUGUAGCUGCAGCAGCUUCCAGGACUCCAGCCUCACCUGGAAGAAGUCAGAUUGAAAACAUCUACAGCUAUGUCAUUAAAGAAUGCUUCUCUGUGUGGACUCAGACUUCCAUCAGGGUUACUACAUGAGACAGAGGGCAUUAAAGUCACGGCUUGUUUGUGUCUGCAUUAAGACUUUAGAUGUGAGUGUAGUGUUUACUCUGAUUGUAAAAACCUGACUCAACAUCUGGUUUCUAAUGUAUCUAGUAAAAAGGUGGAAAGAUGAAUAUGAUGGUGUCAUGUUUUGACACCACGUCCACCACAAACUAUGUGAGGCAAACAUUCAAAGCUACUUUUCAAAUGAUGUUUGUUUGACUUUCUGUUCAGGGAAGUAAAAACAGAUGAUAUCACGGGUCAAGGAAAGCUUCACUGCUGCUGCUUUAUUCAGCUGUUGAUGUUUUUUUUUUUAUUAUAAUAAACUUGAACAUUCAGAGAAAUGUUGUCACAUGUUUUCAGCUUAUGAUGGGAAACUUUCAGAAUAAAAUGUUGACAAUAACUUCUUUUAUUUACACCACUGACUUCUCAAACAUCCCUAAAAUCCCCCGGCGCUCUAACUACGAUCUCUAUCUUUCUGCUGUGCUAACUGACGUGUAUGAAGGAUCUGAGAACAUCGGAGUCCCACAGAGGAUGUCUUCAUUCAUAGGGACAGGCAAUUCAAAGAAACCAUCUCUGGAGAGGUCAGGAUCAAAAUAUUACCCAUAUAACUCUUUUUGUUUCUCAUUUUGUUUCUAGAAUGAGUUCAACUCUUCAGAUGUUUUAACAUAAAAAGCCCUUUGAAGAUAUCAGUUCCUAAUAAUCCGUCUGAUUUGAAUGUUGUUGUUGACAGAUAGUGUAUAAUUAAUCUGGUGAUUUCUUCUUGAGUUUGUUAUUCUGAUCUGGGAUAAAAGAAUAGUCUAGAAUAAAAAAAGUUGAACACCA